CAAUGUUUUUAGACGAGAAUGUAGUUGUGUAAACCUAAAAUAUCUGAUCAGUUUAUCAAGAAAUCGCUUAAUUACAGAAAUGCAGCGAUGUGUUCGUCCGCUGCCCCAACAGCCGCUCGCCUCACCAGCUGUCAGCUGACCGGGUGGUUGAGACGUCAUGAAGGAGUUUUUGCGGAGGAUACACAGCAUCUUUCUGCAGAUCGCUCUGUUUCCGAGCAGAUUCGGUAAAACAGGUCCAUGUCCAGCAGCUUCAGAGGUGUUGACCUGCCACCUGCAGCAGCGCAGACUCCCACCCUGGACUUCAUUUUGUGUGCGCUACAGCUCCAUCCACAACGACCAGUUUGGCCUGUCCAACUUUAACUGGAAAGUUCAGGGAUCCAAUUACCACAUACUGAGGACAGGCUGCUUCCCCUUUGUGAAAUAUCAUUGUACCAAAGCGCCUCAACAGAACCUGGACUUUGAAGACAAGUUUUUUACUAUGCUGAAAGUUAUUAAUUUGGGUAUCCCUUGUUUGGCCUAUGGCAUUGGCUGCUGGAUGGUGAUAGGAGCUGCAGAAACCGUACAGACGAGUGUUGGACCUGUCUCAGUUUAUUUUGCGUACAAAGAAGAAGAAGGUGCACAGUACUAAGUUCAUUACAGUUGUUUCAAAGGCAUUAAUGUCUACCAAGCUGCUGGAUUUUCUCCUCCUGAUACUGUUCUGCUGAGCCUCGAGGUGCCAUCUUACUGUUUGCCACUGGUGGUC